AUGUCGGAGCCGCCUAGAUUUGACUGGUACAAAAUUCCAGGGCUCGAAACAUCAACACCGGCGUUGAAUGCAGAUCGAGGAAAUCACACUGAUGGAAAUGAUUCUGGAACUGCAGGCAAGAUUAAUAUUCGAAUUACGCCCUUGGACCACAAAGGUACGGAUGCAUCUGACGUGAAGAUGAGUGCAGAUGGUGACAGUGAGGCGCGGAGGUCGACCACUUUGGAUGCAAUGUUCAAUCAUCUAAAAAUAUCACUAAACGAUAAAGCGUAUCAUAGUGAUGAAACGGUAGCUUUAAAGACACCAGAGCCAGCUCUAACGGGGCGGAGUUCGUCAAGCUCUGCAUUGGAUGAAUCGGGCAGGGCCGAAAAUGGGGCUGCCGGCGGCAUUGGGUCGCCAAGGAUGGAUAUUGCCCAAAAAAGUGCGGCUGGUAAUGGUGCAGGUACAAGUACAGAUAAUAUAGAAGAUGAUGACUCGAUACCGUUAUCACUAACGGCAGAUGAGCUUACAAAGGAUGAGGCAAAGACAUAUCUCCGGUGGUACGACUACAUAGAGAGCCACAAGCGGAGACAGACCGGGAUGAGUGUGAAAGUGACACUAGACGACGUUUUUCGUUUCAUGCAUCAUUUCGGAAUAAGCGAUGGUGUCAAGCGGAAGUUGAUGGCGAUGUUUGCGAGAUGGGCCAUGUCCCUUAGCAUAGGGCAGUUUUUUGCAUUGUUGCGGUUGAUAUCGCAUGCACUAAAGGGGGAUCCGAUCCUCCGAAUAUCUAUAAAAAGAGUGAGUCCGAUUCCAAAGCCAUUACCCAUCAUGGCGCGUGGAAAAAGGCAGGAGGGAGACGAUGAGACUACAAGUGGUGAGGAGAGUGACAGAAGCAGUGUUUCGAGUGUUGAGGAUGGUGCAGAUGGGGCAACAGGUGCAAAAAAGCUUGAUUUGGAUUCCUUUACACAGUUUAUAUUGACUGGUGAAAAACCGCCUGAUUCGUCGAAAGGCAGGUCGCACAGAAGCCGAGGCAAGAAGAAAAUGAGGAAGAAGAAGAAGAAUGUGGGUGCAAAGGAAGGAAAUUCGAGGAAAAGAGUGAAGUUUUCGGAUCAAGUGGUGUGUGAUGAUGCCCCAGAGUACGAUAGGGGUCAGGAUUUGGCUAUAGAGCAGCCCAAUGAGGCAACUGCACUUUCUCCGUUGGACUUCCAGCUACCAAUGGGGGCACUUUUGAAAAAAUUGGAGCAACAACGUACAGGUGAGGCUUUGAGCCAGCAGCAGGGACAGACACAUGAGAAUUUGCCAAAUACAGCCGAUGGUAAGGAUGUUCCGCUUCCGGAUAACAAAUUCCAGAAUGUCCAGAUAGACAGCGUGUCUGUUGGAGGUGUUCCGCGUUCUUUUGCGAAUGUUAUUGGUCCGAAUCUUCAGCCUUUAGCGCCAAAUUUGACUGGAAGUGCCAGUAAGAUGAUGAGGCAAAGAGAGGAGAGUGGGGCUAAUGUGUGGCAGCAGCAGCAACAGCAACAAAUAGAACCUCAACAACAACAAACUCAACAACAAUUUCAACAACAACCUCAACCUCAACCUCAACAACAACAAACUCAACAACAAUUUCAACAACAACCUCAACCUCAACAACAACAAUCUCAACAACAACAACAAACACAACCUCAAUUUCAACAACAAAUACAUCCCCAAUUUCAACAACAAACGCAUCCCCAAUUUCAACCUCAACAACAAACGCAUCCCCAAUUUCAACCUCAACCUCAACCCCAAGUUCAACAACCCUCUCCCUUCCUGUCGGCAGGAAACCAGCGUGCAAACUUCUUCCUAAAAUCUGCUCUUACAGGUGGUGGUUCGCUAUCAGCUCCCCAAAACGCUCCAAAAAGCACAGCAUCGCCUCUUCCGCCUCCCCCUCUCCCUGCCCGCAGGAAGAACUUCUCUAAUUCCUAUCCAUACGUUCCCCCAAAGCCUCAACUCAGCUCCGAACAGAGGCAGAAGUAUGCUUCCACGAUAAAUUCACAGCCUACUGCCUAUUCCGGUCAACAGUUGAAUCAGUUGGCACCACAGGGCAACCAAGGUCCCAUCCAAUACCAGCAGAAGCUGCCGCAGCAGCUGAAUCCACAGUAUACACAGCCGUAUUCUCAAAAUGCCCAGCAACAGUAUCCGCUGACUUUUCAACAACAGCAACUGCAACAACAGCCACAACAACCCCAAUAUCUCCAGAAUGGGGGCUAUCCAAACGGCCAGGGCUUUGGACAGCAACAGUGGUCAUGA